AACGACGCCAACAAAAUGGCGGAUCAUAAGUAUAAGUUGUUCAGUACGGUCGACCCCAGCAAAGUAAAUGUGCCCUUCAACAAGAAAUUCGCCAAACUGACGCUAUCCUCCCAAAAGAGAAGACAACCGCCAGGCCGGGACACCAAGGAAUCAGACCCAAAGCCUAAACCAAUUGUAGAGUGUGAGAAUCCCUUGCUCCGCAGCGACUCCAGUAGCGACCACAUUGACAUGGGCCAAAAAUACACUCCCAACGAUGACGCCGAGGAGACGCACCUCGAUAUCGAAGGCUCCGAAUAUAUGGAAGCUCUGCAUCUGAGUGGCGAUGGCUGCACACAGCCUGGAAGCAGUCAGACACCCGUGGAUGUGGAGGCUCUAGCCACACAGGUGACCAACUUGACAAUGGAGCCCAAGCCGCUCAAUCCGGAUAUAUCCAUUUGCAUCUCAUCUACGACAGAGGAGGAAGCAGAUGAUGACGAUGAUGACAAUAGUGCCUUGUGCAUUACUAUAUCAGACUCCAGCGAUGAUGAGGCCGCGCCACCGGAGAGCAUGGCCGUGAGUGAUCGUACACCUGACACUGACCUAGGGCAGGUACCUAUCCCAGCUCCUAUUUUGACCAACGACCAGGUCCAGCGCAUUGAGGCCUUUCUGCGCGACGUCUCAAUCGAACGUCGCGAGAUGGGGGAGAAACAGUUGCCGAUGUCUCCGUCGCCCCUGUCCUCCGCUCAACGACGUUCUCGGCUGGCCGAUGCUGACACAGAGUCCAUGGUCACAACCGACGAGGACUGGAUGCCGCUUGAGCAGCCCACAAGCCCGUCCACGAGCAAGCGGUUGGCCCACAAAGAAACGGAAGUGGCCAGCUUCUCCUCUAAGGAUUUAGCCGGACUGGACAGAAGCAAGAGGCUGGCGGAUGCCGACACAGAGGCGAAUACUCUCAGCUCACAGGAUGCGCCAUGCUUGGACAGCAGCAGGCGUCUGGCGGAUGACGACACCGAAGUAAACACUCUCUGCUCCCAGGAAGUGUCCGACACAUCCGGCUGCCACGACUCGACGCUCAACGAAGACGAACCGAUCCCCGAUGAAUCGGUCGAGAUCCCAGAGACAUGCAGCGAGGGCGAACCAACGCCGCCGAGACCGAUCUCGUCCUCCACAUCAUCGGGCGAAGAGGCUCCGGUCAUCAAAGUGAACAGUAUCAAUAUCUCGGCCAAGAUUAACAUAAAAAUACAUAUACCAGCCGUGGAAUCGAGCUCAGAAGAUGAUGACGACCAGUAUCCAUCUCCAAGGGCCACCCAAUCCUUGCCAGCCGCUGAAGAAGUUCAUCAGGAACAGCAGCAGCAGGAACAGCCACAAGAUCAUCAGCAUCAAAAGUCGAUGCUGUCAACCAACGAUGCUUCCGAGGACGAGCAAUUCCUCACACAGGCCGAGAAGCUCUUGAAUCAGCUUUACGGAAAAUCCUGGCAGACUCCCGAUGUCAUACGCACCCUGAAGCGAUCCAGUGGCAGUGGCGGCAAGACAGCCCCCCUAAAAUCGAGGAACUUUAAGAUUCCAACAGCCGCCACAACUGUUAAGAAAAAGAAGGAGCGCCCUGCGCCGCGUGUGCAGCGACUAGAAGAGAGUGUCCUUGCUGAUUUUAGCCAAUUCAAGCAAACCCUGCACUCCAAUGAGACCCCAUUGAACUCCACUCGCUUGCCGCAGCGCGCCGUCCAGACCGAAAGACGUCCCCGUGCCGCCCGGCCACAGCGCCCAACCCCCACAAAGCCCAAGGCACGCACCAACCAUGUGGAUGAGGACCGCUGGCGUGCCUUGAUUGACUCUGAAAGCGGUACAGAUGCCUCCGACGACGAGGACGCGGAUGCAACCUUCAGCGGCAGUGAAAGUUGCAGCGAUGACGAAAGAAAUGGAAAGGGUGAUGUUACCUACUUGGAUUUGACCAAGGCCGAGGUCGAGGUGAUCAGCAAUCCCGACAUGGAUUCUCAAUCUCCGAAAAAUCAUCGUCGCCUUGACGAUAUUCUCCGCUCAUGUCGCGCUGGCACAAAAGCCAAGCUCCCUGCUACGCCCGCAGAACCCACCACUGACACCGCCAUCGUCACGCCCACAGUCCAAGCCCCCAUACGACGACGGUUGUUCAAACCAAACAUUGGCUACGAGACCGAAGAAGAGGCCAUUGAGAUUGUGAAUAAGGCACGUGAACUGGAUAUGCUGGAGGAACUGGAGAAUGACUAUCUACCGCACACGCCCGUCUAUAAGCGCCUGCAGCAGGUGAAGAAGGACAUGGGUAUAGCAAAGAACACCAAUGUAACGCCCAAAGCCAGCCCGAUUCUGAAGCUGUUGGCACCAAAAACAGCACCCCCUAAAGUGAUCUCCCGGAAACUUAAAGAGCAACCAAAGAAUAACGAGGGCAAAUGUAGUUUCCUGAAAUCGCUGGAAGGACAGGUCAGUCGAGAGUUCAGCGACAAGGAGGCGCUCUUCUAUCGGGAGAACUUUGCCAAAAACAAGGAGCAGCUGGCCGAGCGCCUCUAUAAGAUGUUCAAUGCGAACGUGUUCAACAAUGAGCUGGACGUGACCAUCACGUGGUCGAAACUGCUGCGCAACACGGCUGGACGAUGCAUGAAUAAGAGAAAACUCAAUCAACGGAUUAGCGUGGUCGAGCUCAGCGUAAAGGUGCUGACCACAGCCGACAGACUCCGCUGCACGCUCAUCCACGAGCUGUGUCAUGCCGCCACCUGGGUGUUCAACGGUGAGGGUGGACACGGCCGUGUCUGGAAGAACUGGGCCAAUCGCGCCAACAAAAAGUAUCCAGAGCUGCCCGCCAUCACGGUCUGCCACAGCUACAGCAUUGAGUUUAAGUACACGUAUAAAUGUGUAAGCUGCCAGCUUGACUCGCACGCCCACUCCAGAUCUCGCAAGGUGGAGAAUCUCCGCUGUCGUCUAUGUCGCGGCCCAAUCACACUGUUUCUGAACAAGAAGGACAAGCUUGGCAAUACCGUGUCGAAGCCGGCGGGCGAGGCCAAGGGCUUCGCCAAGUUUGUAAAGGAUAAUUUCAAGAAGUACAAGCAGGGCAAUGUCCCGCACAAGGAAGUCAUGAGCCUUUUGAGUGCGGAAUAUGCCAAGCAGAAGGGCGAUAAGGACAAGGAGCCGAUGGCUUCAAUCGUCACACUGACACUAGAUGAUUAGUACCUUCAUCUUUCAUCUAGCAGGAGACUAGAUCAUCUACCUAUACCUACAUAUAACUUUUAAUGUAUAUUUAUUAAGAUAAUUUUAAAAGGAAACCAAGUUUUCGCUUAAACCAACGCUUACAUCAUCCCCGUUCAUUCCGAACAAAGACUCCAUGAAAAACUACAUACAUGCAUCUGUGAAAACGAUCUCUUAAGUCUUGAAAAAGUUGAGUACUGGCCAUUGCCGACAUGAAUUAAACCUAAAAAAAUGGAUUUGUAUAUGCAAUGAGA